CUUCGUAACGUCGUUCGCCCGGUGUGUGAGCCGCGAGGGUGUUUUGUUAGAGUUCGGGCUGCGGCCUGCUGCUGACGUUUUUUCCCUCGCUGGUUCCCGCCGGCUACUGCCACCGGUGGUGGUGCGGCGGCUACGACAUCGCCAUGCUGCACGAGGUGGCUGCUGCCGCGCGCGACGCCGGCGGUUGCGGCGACGUCAAGCAUCCCGCGCCGUCGACCAAGGGCGUCGAGCGUCGACUCGUGCACGCCUACUCGAUCGACGCCAUCCUGGGACUUGACAAGUCGGCGACGUGCGCCGAGGAGCGACGCCGGACUCCGGUGCUCUGCCAUGCCGGCACGCGGUGCGCUUCACCCGCGGGCACGGACAGCGGGUCCGACACGGCGAGCAACGCCGGCCUGGAAGUCUCUAGCGGACCCGAACUGUCACCCGGAACCGGAAGUCGUGGAAGCCCCGGCCCGGAAGGCGCGACGACGCACCUGCCUGCCGAAGGGACGUCGCCCGCUCCGGGUGGUUCCGGAUCGUCUUCCUCGCUGUCCCCGGCGGGCGGUGGUGCGGCGGGCUCCAAGAAGAAGCACCGGCGCAACCGAACCACCUUCACCACGUUCCAACUGCACGAGCUGGAGAGGGCGUUCGAGAAGUCCCACUACCCGGACGUGUACAGCCGCGAGGAGCUGGCCAUGAAGGUCAACCUGCCGGAAGUCAGGGUGCAGGUGUGGUUCCAGAACCGACGCGCAAAGUGGCGGCGCCAGGAGAAGAUGGAGUCGCAGAGUGCCCUGCAGCACCGGCUCGUCGGAGGCGGCGGCUCGUCCCCUGGGCCCGGAUCGACGGGGUCGGGGGCGGGCUGUCUGGGCGCGCCCCCCGCGCUGCCGCUCGACCCGUGGCUGGCCCCGCCACUCCUGUCGGGCUCCCCUUUCUUGGCCGCGGCGGCUGCUGCAGCGGCUGCCACGCAGCAGCCUCCGCACCACCACCACCACCACUUCUACUCGGCGGCGACGGCGCCCUUCCACCUACAAGGGAUGACCGCUCCGAGCAGCAGCUCGCCGCUCAACCUGACGUUGUCCAACGAGCCUAAGCCACCGUCUCAGUCACCGGAGGACGAGGACGAGUCGGCCAGUUCCGGCCGCACUUCGAGCAUCGUGACUCUCAGGCUACGUGCACGAGAGCACGUGCAGCUGCUGUGCAAAGGAGUGUGACGCCGGCUACGUCCGGAAGGCUGGACGCGGCAGUGAGGGCCGAGCUGUACGAAACUAGACAAGAAGAGAACGACGUGUACAUAAAGCAACGAUUUAAAAAGAACGCGUGUUGCAACGCGUGAUGUCACCUCUCGCUUUAGGAAUCAUGAAGCCAAACUGCCUUGCAGGAAUGGAAUUUUGUGCAGUGAAUGGGAACUUCAACAGCCCUAGGCCGCGAUUAACGGCGGCAACGCCUCGCCUAAAGCUCUCUUAUUAGGCGCCUGUCGCCUAGUUUGGAAGUGCAGGUAACACAAAAUAAACGACGAUUGUUUCUAGGGUCUGGCACCGAUGUACUGGACGGCGUUGUUUAUUUAUCAGUAACAUUCCGAGACGACUGUUCGUGCAUCUUUUUCUUUAUUCUGUGAGUGAGCGGAUGCAAAUGAAGACAUUUGUAUUAAUGAACAAAGAUUAAGCUCCUUUCCUUUAGGUCUUGGAGUAGUGCACUUAGGAUGUUUACUGCAAUUUCUGUUGCUAGGCUGCUACAGAAAGCUCGCUAAUUGUACAUAUUGUUGAGGCUUCUUCAAGGUUUUAAGGCGUUGAGGUUUUAAGGAAUAAGUGCAGCUAUAAAAUGCCAGGAUGCGAGUGAGACCGACGGUCAUUGUGCACUUUUGAAUGUGAACGAAAUUUCUGCGAACGAAUAGCGUAUAAACCGAUGCGCAUUCAAUAUCAGGUCUCCUAUUUGACGAUAGAAAUAGAAAGAAAAUCCGAUUCCCUCGUGACUUUCCCCAGCUUUCAUUUCACGUGCACGCGCGGUUUGUCUGUUUGUAUAUACUGUAGA